CACUCGUGGUAUAAAUAUAUAUUACAUAUAUCAUAUCCAUCAAUAUGCAAAUCGAGAGUUGAUCAUGAAGAAAACAGAGUCAUUUAUGAAUCCCCUGGUUUCACUACGUGGCGUUAAUUGACGACAAACGGUGACUUUGCUCUGUCGGCAACGGCAUGCAUAGUUCUCCAACAAGAAUCCCGUUGAAGUCAUCCCGUCACGGACGCCACGCCUCCUCCUCCAAACCAAAUUCCAUAACACCCGAUGACGUCCGCUUUUACACCUCUCCCACUCGCUACCCGGCACUCCAUUCAAUGCCGUUCUCCACCCAAAAAGUAACCAACUUUUUAACCCACCACCUUCCCAGUUCCCACCCCUCUGGACCCCACACCCCUCGUGUCCCACGUUGCCACCCCGCGGACGAGGCAUUCUCCAACGUCACCGGUACACGAACCGGUGUACUCCUAAACCGUCGAACUACUGACACGCGGAAAGAUCAGCCACUCGUAAAUCGUAAUAAAAACCAACGAGCCUCUUUCCUUUGCUUCCCCGACGCCACAGUUGCAAUUCUCCGGUCAUUCUACUACGCCCUCGGAUCGGAAACGGACAGUCCGUGAUCAGGUUACCGCCUUCCUCCUCCUCCUCUCUUCUGAUGCUUCCGCGAUCGGAAUCUCCGCCUCCAGAGGCAGAGCUCCUCAAGAAGCACAAGCACUCGUCCUCCACCGCCGCCGGCGACAGCCCCGCCUCCAACCCGGACCACCCCGGAAAAAGUGCCGCCGCCGCCAAGCAUCUCCAAUUCCACCUUCCGCCCUGCCACCGCGCGGGGCUCGUACUCGUCAUCCUCGUCCUCCAGCUCCUCCUCCUCUUCGCCGCUCGCUCCAUCCCCGGCCCCCGCCUUCACCUCCUCCGCCACCGCCCCCCCAUCCCUCCCUCCGCCGCCACCUCCGCCCCCGCGCCCUGUGCCGCCGGCAUGGUUUACGUCCACGACCUCCCCCCGAUGUUCCACAAAGACCUCCUCGCCGCCUGCGAUGAUCUAAACCCCUGGGCCUCCCGCUGCGCCGCCCUCUCGAACGGCGGCUUCGGCCCCCCGGCCGCCGACCUCGCCGGCGUCAUCCCGUCCUCUCUCCUGCCAUCCUGGUACUCCACGGACCAGUUCGCCGCCGAGAUAAUCUUCCACCGCCGCAUGCUCGCCCACCGCUGCCGCGCCCGCGACCCCUCCGCCGCCGCCGCCUUCUACGUCCCCUUCUACGGCGGCCUCGCUGUGGGACGCCACCUCUGGUCCCCCAACUCCACCUCCGGCGACCGCGAUCGCGACUGCGCCCUCCUCCUCCGCUGGGUCCGCGACCAGCCCCCCUGGCGCCGGUCCAACGGCUGGGACCACUUCAUCGUUUUAGGCCGGAUUACGUGGGACUUCCGCCGGUCCAGAGAGGGCGACUGGGGCGGGAGCUUCCUCUACAUGCCUGGCAUGGAGAACGUGACGCGCCUCCUCAUCGAGCGCAAUCCAUGGGACGAAAAAGACGUCGGAAUCCCUUACCCGACCGGUUUCCACCCGCGGACAGCGGCCCAGGUAAGGGAAUGGCAGCGGUUCGUGCUGGGACGGAGCCGAUCCAAGCUGUUCAGCUUCGCGGGGGCGGCCCGGGCCGGGUUCAAGGACGACUUCCGGGGGCUUUUGUUAGGGGAGUGCCGGCGUGCCGGGGGUCAGUGCCGGACGGUGGACUGCAGCGGUGGGCGGUGCGGUAACCGGAGCGCGGAGACGUUGAGCUUGUUCCUGGACUCGACGUUCUGCCUCCAGCCACGGGGUGAUAGUUUCACGCGGCGGUCGAUGUUCGACUGCAUGGUGGCAGGGGCAGUGCCGGUGCUGUUCUGGCGACGGAGCGCGUACGUGCAGUACCGCUGGUACUUACCGGCGGGCGAGGAGUGGUCGGUGUUUAUAGACCGGAGGGAGGUCAGGAGCGGCGCAGUGAGCGUAAGAGGGGUGUUGGAGGGGAUCGGGGUGGAGAGGGCGAAGAAGAUGAGAGAGAAAGUGGUGGAGCUGAUACCGAGAUUGGUGUACGCUGCGGCGGAGGGGGGGUUGGGGGAGGGGAUGGAGGACGCGUUCGACGUGGCGGUGGAUGGGGUCUUGAGGCGUUUCCGCGACCGCCGGCGGAGGACGGGGGAAGCGGAAACGGUUUUGGGGGAAUUCGAGUGAGGAGAGUCGAAGGGGGCGGUGGCGUCGAUAUAUCUUUUACUUUGGAUUAUACCUUCCUGUUACUAUUAUUCUUUCUCGUACAUUACAUUAUGUGUCGAAUACUGGAAUUUUGUUUACGGGAUAGAGACAGAAGGUGUAGAGCUACAUCGAAGGGAGGAGUUUGGAACUGUCACUAUAAAUAAGUAUCAGGUACUACAGAUAUUGUUGCAUACGAAAUAAUAUGUAGAAUUGGGUUCUUGAUUUGUAUGUGUUGGUGGGAUGAAUGAAGAAUUUUGGUGACAUUCUCUAAUGGGUACUGUCACCUGUUACAGAGGAGGAAAUUUUCAUAGCGGUCUGCGUCCUCCCUAAAUACCAAUGGGUGUUUCAAAGGAACAGAGUUUGAGACAGGAACACCAGUGAUAUGUUUUAAUUGGGGUGACUAAGAGCCCUGGAAAACACUAGCAUGGUCAAGGGUGAGUCUGUUUGUGUUCAGGUGAUUUAUGUUGUGUUCAGGUGAUUUA